AUGAAGGUCUUCUGCCUCCUCUCUGUGGCCGUCCUCUUCUUGAUGCUGCUGGCUCCAGGUAUGGCCUUCUUCUCAGAUGCUUCUUCUCUGAACAGCUUCACAGCUCUCCGCUGUAUUCAAUUUAAACCUGACUCUGAACACCACUUGCUCUGACUCCCAAAGAGGUGGGAUCUUGCCCCUCUGUCCUUGUGGAGAGUUUCCCAAAUGGGGCUUCAGGUUGGACACUGUGAGAAGAGGAUGCUGGACUCGAUGGGCCCCCUUUGGCCAGAUCCACCAGCCAGUCUCUUCUUAUUACCUCAUUUAUGUGAUCCACGGAAGCUCUUGCUUUCAAAUCUGUAAUAAUGCGCUUCAACACAUUCAGCUUUGUGGUGGGUAAAAGAACGGGCCAGUUUCCUGGGCAAGGGGGCAUCUCUCUCCCAGUCUGCCAGUGGCUGCCCAGUGAAGCCAGUGUCUCUGAUGCAGCCUUCCCUACCACCUUGGCUCAUACCCUGUCCUGGAGGUGCAGGGAGGCAGCAAAAGGGACUGACUCUCUGCUCCAGCCCUGCAUUCUUCCUGCACCAGCUUUCCCCAACCUGGUGCCCUCUGGGUGUCCAAGCCAGCAGGGCCAUUGUGGAAGAAGUUGUGGAAGGUGUAGAAGAACAGUCCUGUGAGACAGAGCCUUCAAUGUCUUAGAAUCAUAGAAUCCUAGAGUUGGAAGAGACCACAAGGGCCAUCGAGUCCAACCCCCUGCCAAGCAGGAAACACCAUCAGAGCACGUCUUCUUAUUCUUCCUUCAGAUUUCACCAGAGCCCAAGGUUAUUGCAUUCCAGAGAUGUCGACAGCAGAAUGGGAUACUGCAAUUUCGUAGGUGCUGGCCGCCCCAAAACACACUUUUUAGGUGUGGUCGCCAAUGGUGUUGCCGUAGAUGUGAGUUAAAUCAAAUCUUAGUUUUCCUCAAAAAUUAAUUGUGUUUCAUGACUCCAAAUGCAUGUGACUCAUCCCCCUGUUUCCCCCCCCCACUCCACUUCUCUCUUAAUCUUUACAUCCACUGUGAGUUGGAACAAUAUUAGUGUGCACACUGGGGGGUGACAACCCUUUCCUCUCCCCUUGCUGCCCCCAUGAAAGCUCUCUGACCCCUCAGCCACUACUCCUCUUAGCCUGGAAAGGAAUGCCUCCCUUGGCUGAAAGAACAGCUCUUCCUGGUGUGAGAGGGUGGGGGCUCAGUCACUGACCCUCCUCAAAUAGCAAAGGCAACCUGUGUGAAACAUCCCUGUGAAGGUCAUUAUUGAAUCACAGAAUUGCAGAGUUGGAAGGGAAAGAGUUCAAUGCACACCAACACAAUGAUCUCCUCAAAUGUGUCCUCUCCCGGGGUUGCUGUUUGCAUAAAGAAGAAGAAAAAGGAACCACAUUAGAAAAAAAGUGUGUGUGGCAACAAAGCCCCGCUCAAAUUCCUCCAAGUGCAUACAUGAAAUGCUCAGAAGUCUCUCCUACUAUCAUAGAAUAGAAAUGUAGCGUUGGGAGGGACCGAAGGGGUCAUCUAGUCCAACCCUCUGCAAAACAGACCCUCUGUGUGCAAUUUGAAUUCUGACAACAGCAGCUCUUCUGCCUCCCAGUUGGAGUCACUGGUUUGGGUUUUCUGAACCACCACCAAAACCCAUUUUAAGAGUUUUUCCUCUUCUCACAGGGGGCGGGUAACUCUGCAGAUCUCCGGGAGAGGACCUCUGGUGAAAGGAAGACCACCCUGCUCUCCUCUGAUGUGCAGCUGCCUCGACUGCACCCCCAUCUCUGCUGGGGAAGAAACCGCUUUGCUUGAUGCUGCUGAAGGCGAUGCUGGGAAGGAGUCAAGAGGGAGCCGUCCUGUCUGCCUGUCUACUCAUGAGUAAGCCCCUCUGUGGCCAGCGGGGCCUGACUCCUUAGUAAGUGGGCUCGGGAUUGGAGCUAGGAUUUGAUUUGCCUGCGAAAAUGCUUUAGCUUCUUCUUUUUAAUAAAUGCAAGCAUUGGAAA